CGAUCGCAGUGUCGUAGUACCGCUACCGACCAAAAGUGAUUAUCGUUGGAAUAAUGUUGUUCGAAGGCAGCAGACACAAAACUUGUGUGCGAUCUGUGGUACCGAAAUUGGGGCUAUGUAUUCACAUAAGUCAUAUCACAUCAAAUCAACAGUACAACUACUAAUUGGCACAAUGACUGCAGUGUUCAGUGACAAAGAUAGUUCGCCAGCGACGAAUAGUACACACAUCCCCAGCAAGCUGAAGGCUAUGGGUGCACACUACCUCAGCCCAAGGCCAGCAGAGUGGCGCGCAAAAGUAAAGCAGCUUGGGUUCUGUCAACAGCGUGCGUUAAACUCUAAAUGUAAGUCUGGUAAAAUAGAGAAGGACGUUCACAGUCUCAGCCUUCCAUACGUGAG